CUGAAGAGGCUCUACUGAUGUUUCAAUAGAGGAAGUGUACUUCGCUCAGCAGGGAGGGGCUUGUGGCUUCCUUAGAAAGUGUGGACUUAAUAAUUGUUACAGUGCGAAGGCCACGUUCCUUUUAACUCUAUAACAAUUGCAAAUACAAUGUGAUUACAAUAACGAAGAACGUUCUUGAAUAACGAACAAAACAGAGGGCGGUGUAAAAAGGCGGUUCACAUCAAAGCGGAACAAGAAAGGCGCUUGCUCGGCACCCCUGCUAUCAAAAGGCUCAUUUUAAGCACAUUACACAACAAUCCCGUCCCACGGCAAGCAUGUCCAUGGCCCUAAAACAAGUCUUCAACAAGGACAGAACAUUCCGGCCCAAGCGCAAGUUUGAGCCUGGAACGCAACGCUUUGAGCUGCACAAGAAAGCCCAGGCGUCUCUAAAUGCCGGUCUGGACCUGAAGCAGGCGGUGCAGCUGCCGCACGGCGAAGACCUGAACGAUUGGGUGGCCGUUCACGUGGUGGACUUCUUUAACCGCAUCAACCUCAUCUACGGCACCAUCAAUGACUCCUGCACAGACCAGACCUGCCCCGUUAUGUCCGGCGGGCCAAAGUACGAGUACCGCUGGCAGGACGAACAGAAGUACAAGAAGCCCACUGCUCUCCCAGCACCCAAAUACAUGAGCCUGCUAAUGGACUGGAUUGAAGUCCAGAUCAACAAUGAACAGAUCUUCCCCACUAAUGUUGGUACGCCAUUCCCUAAGACCUUCAUGCAGGUAGCAAAGAAGAUCUUGUCUCGUUUGUUUCGGGUAUUUGUCCACGUCUACAUCCACCACUUUGACUGCGUGAGCCAGAUGGGAGCAGAGGCCCACGUGAACACCUGUUACAAACAUUUCUAUUACUUUGUUACUGAAUUCAACCUCAUAGACCACAAAGAGCUGGAACCUCUGAAAGAGAUGACAUCACGGAUGUGCCACUGAAAAAGAAAGCGGACCUUCACAUUCCAGACUGAUCAGGACCACGCAAAUUUACGAUUUAAAAGCAGACCAAACUUUCAAAGACUUUAUUUUUUAUACACUUUUAAAGUACUGUAAUAAUCUAUUUAGAGAGAGACAUGUACAUCUCUCUGUAUUCUCAUGUGUAGGCAUAUGGAGAGUAUUUUUUAUUAGAAAUCAGUAUUAUCAGAUAUUUUUGUUUUCCCAAAUUUGUUCUGAAUAAUUCCUUUUGUUCUGUCGAACUGUUAUAAUCUUUAACAUACAGAUUAUAUUUGACUAUUUAUGUAUGUGGUUGAGAUAUUAAACUUACUUCCUCUUGUCUGUGUA